UGACAUUCCCAUUCCUCGUGUCCAAGCUCAGUUUCUGCUCGUGUAUCGACGAGUGAAGAUUGCACGUUUUAAAUACAAUUAUUUUGUAUUUCCGUGAUGUGACACUUCCCUGGUGAAAAUUAACGAAGAUGCAAUUGACACAAUUAGUGAUACGAUGUCUUUGGACUGUGUCAAUAUUUGUGUUAGCAGCGGGCAGAAUUCACAAACUCCAAAUACGGAAAGAUGUAAGGCGGUACAUCGCGCUUAGUACCUUCGGCUUCUACAAGGGAGGUACUCUCGAUGUGAACCUGACGAAUUUCAAGGCUGACCCGUACGACGAGAACGCCGUGUUUGGAUUCAGUUUGGAUCGAACCCUAAGCGAUGCGAUGAAUCCAUAUUUAGACAGUCACCAAGAGAGAUGCGUACUCCAAGACAUUUCGAGCAUCAAGCCCGAUUUCGAGCAAAGAAAUGACAGCGCAGUGAUAUAUUUUAUAAUGGAUUUGAAGAACAACUUGUUGAGAGUAAACUGUAGCCGAAAUGUGGGCAUUGUACAUAUCUACAAAGAUUCCAGCAAAGUGUUAGUAUUUCACGAGAAAAGAGAUUCCUUUCCAACUAGAUUCAGUGAUACCGUUCUUUUCCCACGGAGGAAACGGUACACCUCGUACGACGGUAUCGAGAGAACUGUUAUCGAGGAUGAAUUUGAAUCGAGGUCGGAAAGUAGCGUCUGUUCUCGUCUAAAGUUGCCGAUGACCGUGCAAACCAUAAGAGGGGAAAAAUAUUACAAUACGAGCUUUGCCAUGUACGUUGGUAGCGAGGAAGAGGAAGGUCUUUAUAAUCUUUAUUUCCAUAAUUGCCCAAAUUACAAGUACGAUUCGCAAGUUGCGUUGGAUUUCACGAUACAAAUAUCGGAAAUCAACAACGGAAAUUUCCUCAGCGCAGGUGAAAUGCCUUUACCAAUCCUAUAUUUUGUCAUGUCGCUUCUGUUCUUUCUGUCAGGUUGCUUUUGGGUGUUUAUCCUCAAGAGGAGCAAGCACCCUGUUUUCAAAAUUCAUUAUCUUAUGGCUGUUUUGGUACAUCUGAAGGCCAUGUCCUUAUUCUUCCACGGGAUUAAUUAUCACUUUAUUCAAACAAAGGGAGAACACGUUGCCGCAUGGGCAAUCUUGUAUUAUAUCACACAUUUACUGAAAGGAGCCGUACUUUUUAUUACCAUUGUAUUAAUUGGCACUGGAUGGACGUUUAUUAAACACAUUUUAGCUGACAAAGAUAAGAAGCUCUUUAUGAUCGCGAUACCGUUGCAAGUAUUGGCAAACGUAGCAGAAAUAAUAAUCGAAGAGAGCGAGGAAGGAGAUAUCGAGUAUAAAACUUGGCGAGACGUUUUUAUUCUCGUGGACUUACUUUGUUGCGGUGCUAUUAUAUUUCCGGUUGUUUGGAGUAUCAAGCACGUGGAAGAAGCUGCACACAUAGAUGGCAAAGCAGCCAUUAACUUACGCAAGCUCAAGCUUUUUAAGCAUUUCUACAUUAUGAUAUUUUCUUAUAUUUACUUUACAAGAAUCAUAGUGUACUUACUUAAGAUUACAGUACCUUUUCAAUACGAAUGGUUAGAUGAAAUGUUCCGAGAAAUGUCCACGUACAUCUUUUUUGUUCUUACUGGGUAUAAGUUCCGAGCAGCAGCCGCAAAUCCAUAUUUCACGUUGACCAACGAUGAAACAGCUCAUGCUGACGAGGACGACGAGAUGGAUGUCGUUCUUUUUUCCAGUGUUUCCGGAGGUAGUGGCAUCACGGAAGGUCUCAGUAAAGUUAGCAAAGUGCCGAAAGUUCUGAGGCCAGUUACAUCGGAUAUUCCAUCCACUCAGGAGGAGAGAGACUGUUUGUUUAACAAGACAGAAUCUUCUCACGAAUACGACUGAACGACGUAGAAAUUGGUCGUAAUGUAACGACGAUUCAGUAUGAACGAAAGUAAAAGAUUCGUUUGCUGUUUGGUGAUAUAUUUCGAAAUAGUGCCAACAGCCAAGAGUACCAUCUAGCGUGAACAACAUUUGAAAACUGUCGAACCAAGACAGAAGUACAUAGUUAAAGGUAGCGUCAGAACUUCUCGUUUGGAUUUGUUUUGUAUAUUUUUUUUUUUUUUUUUUGUACAGCAAAAGAACUGACAUUUUAUUUACCAAAUGGUCACAUAUUGUGUUCCUUUCUCAAUUUUGCGAGAAAAAUUUUUUUGAAUUCAUUUUAAUUUGGGUGUAACCUUACGUGAAAACAGUUUCUUUGGACACCUAAUGCAAUAUUUUCGAUUAUUCGAAAACUAUUUUUUUUUUUUUUUUUAGAUUCAUUUGAUUGGCAAUAGAUUUUCUUACGCAAAUAUAACAUAUAAUAUUAUCUGCUUCCUAAAACGUAACUUCGGAUCAGACUUUGAAAUUUAACGUAAUUUAUAAUUAUUAAUACAGAAUUGCUAAUAGGUAUCGGUCAGAGUUAAUCUAGACGGUUUUAAAUGUUUAAUGUUUUGGAUACGCAAUAUGAUGUGAUUAUACGUUUAGAAUCAUACUUGAAUGCAAGCUCAAUGAGAGUAAAUUCGUGUUUUGAUAUGCAUCUUGCUGUAGUUGAUUUUUCUUAGGCAUUUAGCGAAACGGAGAAACAUUUCCAUUUGUGUUUCC